AUGGUCAAUUUCACCAUUCUAGCUGGCGGAUUCUCCACCUUUAUUGCAACAUACGUAUUCAACUCUGAUGCGUCUACGUUGACACUCACUGAGCAGACGACGACUGGCCCGAACCCUUCUUGGAUCGCCUUGCACCCAGAAAACUCGAGCAUCCUAUAUGCGGUUAACGAAAUUGGACCCAUUGGAAGCCUUCAAUCCUUCUUGGUUAACGCGGAUGGUGGCUUGACAUUGGUGGACACAGUUUCCUCUGGAGGGAAUGGCCCCACAUUCACCAAUCCGCUUUCUACAGGCGAGGUCACUGCCAUGAACUUUGGGUCUCCAAAUUGUUCUUUGGUGGCCACUGUUCCGGGGGAUCCUUUGCAUUUCCAGAGAGAUUCUCCCGUCGUGAACUUCCCUGUUAACGGAGGUCCUUCAAAUCCCCACAUGUCGCUCGAAUUCAAUGGGGAGGUUUUCAUUGCUGAUUUUGGCGCGGACAAAAUCUGGCGUCUCAAGAACACUGGAACACCAGGGAACUUCAUUGUUCAAGGACAAAUCGAUGUGGCACCCGGAAACGGCCCUCGUCACCUCGCUGUCCAUGAUAACAUCCUCUUCGUUGUAAACGAGCUAACAUCCACUCUCACCGCGCAGCAGAUCCCCGAAGCACCGAACGGCACUACACAGCCUCUUCUAGCCAAUGUUUCUACUAUCCCUCAGGACGAUCUCGGUUUGAACGCAUCGUUCCGCGUUGCAGAGCUGAUCAUCUCUGAGCCCACAGAGCAAUUCCCUACCCCUUUAAUCUAUGUGAGCAAUAGGAAUCUAGGCCCAGACUUCGAUCCCAGGGGAGAUACAGUUGCAAUUUAUGAGUUCAAGAAUUGCACGGGCGCGGAUCCAGUGUCUGAUGCUCCCAUUUCACGCCGUGCCCAUGCGCGCUCGUGGUCUCGUCGUCAAGAAACAGUAGGCUCUGGCAACGCAUAUCCCUCUGCCUUUGUUCUGCAAUCACAAACUUUCACCGGAUUGACCCAAAUUCGCAGCAUGGCAUUGGGCCAUGUUGAGGACGGAGGAGACCAAUUUCUUAUUGCCGGUGCUAACACCGAGGGUGGCGUCGCUGUGUUUAGUAGGGUUGACGGUGGACGGAAUCUGACACUCGUGGCUAGGAAUGAAGAUGUGCAAAAUAGGACCAGCUUUGUCUUUCUGUAA